AUGGAUUUUAUGUAUGAAGGCCGCGAAGCGGGCGUUCUAUUACAUCCAACGUCGCUGCCUAGCAAAUGCGGGAUUGUAGGGGACUUUGGGGAGAGUGCCGAGCCUUUCCUAGAUUAUCUUAGAGUGGCGGGUUUCUCUUAUUGGCAGGUGCUUCCUGUUGGACCUUGUACUUAUUCUCAGUCUCAGCCUGGAUGCCCGUAUUUAAGCACCAGCUCAUUUGCUCUAAACCCAUUACUGGUUUGUCCUGCUGGUUUAGUAUCAUCAAAGCUCGUGACGCAGGAAGAUGUAGCUAAGCUAAUAGCGAAGUGGCAGGCAAAACAGCAGGAGAGGAGGACCCUUAACACAGUCUCCCACUUGCAGGAGGAUGUGGACUGCGAAGCAUUCGUUGAUUACCAUGUAGCAAAGGGCUACAAAGAUGAACUGCUUGCGCUUGCGUACAAGACGUUUACAGAAGCAGUGCCCACCGAAGAAUAUGAAGAUUUUUGCAAGAGUAAUAAAUUCUGGCUCGACGGGUAUGUGCUGUUCGAGGCAAUACAAGCAAGACAUCCUGAUGCAUCUUCGUGGCUUGACUGGCCAGAGGAGUACAGGUCAUUUAAGAGCCUCGUUAAAAACGAAUCCUUGAUGCAGGGGCUUGAAUCGCCCACAGAGGACCAGAGCCUGUCUAAUAGGUCGAGUGGCGACCCACCUGAGCUGUUACUACCACAGUUUCACCGCUUUGUGCAGUUCAUACUUUCCAAACAGUGGAGCCAGUUGCGUCGCCGGGCCAAUUCAAAGGGAAUUAAAAUUCUAGGCGAUAUAGCGUUCUAUGUCAACAUGCACUCAAGUGACGCUUGGAGCAACUCCGAAAUGUUCCAGAUGGAUAGCAGCACCAACAAGCCACUCUACGUUUCGGGUAAGGAAAUUGAGACGCUGCAGGUAGAUGGCGUGUCAUUUUCUAGCACUUAA